AUGACGAAUACGCGGCGUUUUUUUUUUGUUUUGGAGGGGGAUGCGUUGCGGCAUGAGACGAUGACUCUGGCGCGGUUGGACGCAAGCCGUGUCGGUUUCAACCUUCUGCCGUGGAACCACACCGUCGCAUACAUGAAAGAAGCAGCCGCGCGGCCUCUUGAGUGUUCUUCCCCAGAGCUUCUCCCUCACGGUCUCAGAUCGUCUCCUCCUGGAGUCUAUUUCCGCCGCGUGGAUGGUGGCUAUGAAAGCAGUGACCCGAUAAAACCAGUUUCGAAGUCUGAUUUGCUGUUCUUUUGGGUGUGGAGUAACGUUGGCUCUGCGCUUUCCCUAAGCGGUUUAGAUAUCGGCGCAUGUGUGCAGCCAUGCUGA